GUUAUAUUUAUUUAACCCCGGAUAUCCACCACGUCCCGAUAGACAUGAACUGCUUUAGCCCAACAUACAGACAACGAGAUUGUCAGGGGUCACACAGUAAACAUAGUAUUUUGUAGCAUAAGUGUCAUAUCAGAGUUUUUACCUAUAUGGGUUUGUAAGGAACAAUAAAUACUCGCCAGUACACUGUCCCUCUUCGCGCGUGUAGAAGAAGACUUGCCUUCUCAAUGCCCUUGUAAGGUAUACACGAGUGUGAUAGGAUAGAAUCUUAUACUGCCUAUCCCUACAUACACAUCAAAAUGGAGUGGUUAUUAUACGUCCUAUAUAUUGUGAUGUCCAUCACGUCACAAUUCCUGACUCAAUGCCAACGGUGGACUAUACGACUUCUAGCGCUAAUUGAGCACGAGCAAAGCGAGCAUGCAGGCGUGUGCGAAGAAAUCAUGAAAUACAAAGGAAAUAACAUAAUUAUCAAACGGAAAUUCCCCUUCUUCUGGAUUGUGCGAAGGGUGGUGCACGAGGUUUUGAUCUUAGCCUUCUGCAAUGUGCUGAUGGUGUUAAGUCUCUUGAAUUGCAUAUGCCUACGCAUGUUCGUGGUAGCUGAGGACAACGUGACACAGCCUGAACCCAACUUUAACGCAAGCACACAUUUGAACUCUCACGGCACUCACUCAAAUGGGGGUUCUGGAAGCAAUUCAUCCCCUCACUCUCCCGAAAGUGUACAAAGACGUAGGCGCAUGUGCUCGUUCGAGAUACGGAUAGCGGAUUUAAAACGAGACAACGAAAUAUUAGUAGGUAAAUUAGAAACACUCAAUAGCACUUUAGAGAAAGUGCUGGAUGGCGAGGGCAUGUAUCGAGAACAACUGGCUGUGUCUAAGAACAAAGUAAGUGAACUGCAGUCGGAGAUGGAGACGCUUCUGAAGCAGAAGAACGCCGCCACACGUCGCGUUGAACAGUUCAUGUCCAAGAUGAACGGCAGCAGCACGCUAAUGGGGGCGAAUGCGGAUGUGGAAGUCUCGCAGUAACAUGCAACGCUCCGUCUCCCCGUCGGUGUGUUGUUUUGCACCACCGCGAUAGCAUGCUCUGCCUCCUUCACGGACUGCCAAUAACGGCGUAACACUGGUAUGUGUUCAGGCGCGAGACAUGGUACCCGCAUAUCGAAAAGCCCCGAGAAAUGCAUUGGUAUGGCUGGAAGCGCCUACACCAAGAGAGUCUGCAAGGACCUGCCCUAGAGCGAGCGUGUUGUUAGUUGGGGGACGAUUUUGUCCCGUUUAUGGUUUUUUGGACCGGUGCCAAGAUUCAUGAUAUAUGGUGGGUAUACAGAAUAGAUUUACGCGCGCGAGCAGUUUUGGGGGUAGUCUCAAGUGUAUGUCAACAGGAGGUACGCACACCUGACGUAUUUGUCGUCUGGAGGGCGUAUCACUGAACAGUCAGUACGCUUUGGCAUUCUUUAGAUCUGACAUGGACUGUCAGGUAUAGUGGGAUGCUGUAGGUAUAUGGUGAGGUGCUGUACGAAAACAACACGUACGCACACGCCUGGAGAUCAGAAUAGAGUAUGCACACCUUGCUCACGUAGUGGCUGCUAGAAGGCGUAUGAUUGGUGGACAUCGCGGUACGAUCCGGGAUGUCUAUCUCCGAAAAUCAAUUGGUUCAGAACAGACACUGUGCACGUGAGCCGGUGGUUGAAUAAGCCGGGGGUCCGCGUGGGUCUGUCUUAAGCCAUGUUCAGUCAAUGCAGUCACAUCCCAUACAACCUUCUGAACGCAUUCCCGGAUGGACUGGGUGGUUAUAACGUAGGUGGUUGUAACGUGGGUAGUUAUAACGCUAUAGUGAACACUGGCUCGUCCUAUGUCGGGCCUAUCAAGCCAAUCCGUAGAGUCGUUAUUGGUCAUCAACACCUGGCAGACGUUCGUCUGUGCUUCUUUCACCUCUAUAUAGUAGAUGGUAUACGCCUAUAGUCUCAGCAUAUACACCGAUCAAAGGACCAGAAUCACAUUCACAGGCUAUAUGUCGCUGUUUGAGGUGGCGUUGCUACACACAAGGGCGAUGCCGUGUUGUGGCAAUCGAUGAUGGGUGGAUGGGCCAGGCACUUGAGUUUGGUAGAGGCUCACAGGCGUAUUAGCUGCAGAAUGUGCUGACGAGGAGACACGUCGCGAGGAACAAACGGCCAAAAUAUCAAGGAACGGUGGGCUUUAACUAGGCAUUUGCUGUUGAUCGAGACCGCUUCGGGGAUUAGUACUCUGAGUGCUGUCAUCCAUCGAAACACUCAGGACAAUACGUACCCGACGAGAUGACCACUGAUCCCUGUGUGUGGGCGUUGUCUGGGAUCGGGAAAGGGUUAGGACUAAGAAUUGACAACGGAAUGUAUAGUAAUGCGAGCUUAACAAGCUGAACUCAAUUGUUUGCAUCCAAGCGUCACUCGGUUGCACACGAUCUAAGCCGAAGAAGCCGAGAUAUGGUUAUUCUGCUUGUUCUGCUCGUACUAUCUCCAAUGUCCGAUGUUGAGUCUACAGAUUGACCGCGGAAGAUCUUGGCUUUUUAAUAUUUAGUCGAGUAAUCCGAUUCUUCCGAUAGCUGUAUGUGUCCAAGGUAUAUGAUAGUCUAUCUCAGUAUAUUGAGGUAUAUGAUUAUAAAUACAUGAUGAAUAAAAGCACUUAUAUUAAAAUGAGAA